AUGUGGGAACUGUCAGCUGAAGAAUUAACCCGGACUGUGAAUCAUCAGCGCAUCAUCUUGCAGAAGCUUUUCCCUUCUAGUCCCAUAGAAACCCUCGUUCCUCUCUCUCGAGAAGAACUAUUGCAAGUCAUCGCAGCUGAAGGACGGACGCGGGACGCCACCGCAGCAACUGAGCAAAAUACCACAGUGACUAGAGAGAGCGACCAUAGUGAUGAGGACCACCAACUCGAGGAGAAUCGAAAGUUAUCGAAGGGCACAUCGAAUGUCUACGAUGAUGUCAACGGCCUGUCACUCUCAUUUGAUCAACAGCAGACCAGUCUGGGGAUAUCAUCAGUCAGGUUUAUCCUACGUCUCAUCGUUGAGCGAUGGCCUACGGUAAGAACGGUACUCUAUCAGAAGAAAUGUCGUUUGGAGUUUCAGCCCCAAUCAUAUUCGCAAGGACCUCGGGAAGACAGUAGACCAUCGCCCGUUAGCAUGUUCAAUGAGGUGGCCUGUAUAGAUGCAUAUUUCAAGACUGCCAAUUCCAUUACCCCAAUGAUUGAUGAGACACAGUUCCGCAGAGUAUACAAUAGUGGAGCUCGAAAAGAUGCUGGUUGGCUUGCUCUCCGUAGCAUGGUACUCGUGGUGGGAUCAAUCGCUACUAGCAAGGAGGGAAGCCGAUACAGUCAUGCUUAUUAUGAGUCCGCACGACAGCACAUCGGUCUUGAGAGCUUCGGAUCCGCUUCUAUCGAGAGUCUGCAAGCUCUGUGUCUUUUGGGAGGAUACUAUCUACACUACCGAAAUACGCCAAAUAUGGCCAGUGCUGUUCUAGGCGCCGCAUUUCGGAUGACAACCGCACUUGGUCUCCAUAAGGAGCCUGUAGAGGAAAGCGAAACUCAAGAUGAUUUGAAAAAUCAUUUGACAAGUGCCGAAGCCCGACGGCGUACGUGGUGGAGCCUCUUUUGUCUGGAUACCUGGGCAUCCAUGACCCUCGGGCGGCCAACAUUUGGCAGAUGGGAUCCAGACGCGAUGGAUGUAUCGCUACCGAGAUAUGACAAGAGCCAAAGUCAUCCGGAUAUGAUUAUCAAUGCAUUUAGAGCGAAUGUGGACUUUUGCAAACUAGCCACUGAAAUCCAAAAACGACUUGCCCAAUCAGAUCCGCCUACGAUUGGUGAAAUCAAUACUUUUGAUACUGCUCUUAGAAGCUGGUACGAUGAAGCUUUAACGGCUAUCUCGCCUGGAAACUGCCCAGAUGAUUUUGUUGUUGUCAGAGACUACUUGCGGAAUCGGUAUAUGAACGCCCGAAUUCUUUUACUCCGGCCUGUACUUCUGCGCCAUGUGGAAAAUAAGACACAAUUCGAGGAUUUGGCAGAGGAUGACAGAGAAGCUAUCGUCAAUUGUCAAAAAGUUAGCCUUGAAGCUAUUCGCAACAUUGCAUGUUGUAUGCGACCCAACUCAUUUUGGGUAUGGGGCAGUACCUGGUAUCUUUACCAGUCCUGCCUUGUCCCUUUGAUGAUGUUGCUCGCUUUCCCAUGCCAACCGGAACUACUGUCUUGUCAUUCAGAAAUUGACCAAGCUCUUGCAGCUUUCAAGUCAUUUAUGCCCUGGAAUGCAGCUGCCCGACGGUCAUAUGACGUGGUUGAAAGUAUUUACGAAGCCAGCAGGAAUGUAACAGCACUCGAGGCGAGUAGCGGAAUCCUAACAGCAUUAGGGGAGAUGGAUAUGGAAUUUUGGACUCUCGCCGCAGGAGGCUUUGAAUAUGACUACGAAUGGGAAUCUCUAAUACACUGGGAGAAGACCCUCACCCCCAAUAUAGAAGAUUGA